AUGGCAUCCAUGGGCUCUUACAUCUCCAAUAUCGAUGACUCGUUGAGUUUCAACCGCCGUAUCAUUCAAAACAUCUCUUCGGAACGAGGAGAGGGAUCUGUCUCUGAUAUCGGCGAAACCAAUGCUGAAUUGUGCGCGCGCCUACUGCCCGAACUGAUCAGAUGCAUGUUGAAAUUCGGACACUUCUUGUUGAAACUCGGCCAGUUCCGCUUCAAAAUCCUCAAUUUUCUCGCGGAGCUGAUCAAUUUUUGA